CAAUUUUGCAAUUUGCAAUAAUGUUUGGAUAUUGGAUUUAGCUUUUAGCCAUCUUCCAAGUUCCAACCUUUGAAAGAAAAUCCUAGAAUUUCAUUUUUAAUUCCAUUUUAUCUUGACUUCAAUUUUUAAUUUUAUUUCUAAAACGCACAUUUUCCAGAAUCUUCCACCUCAUGAUCCUCUCUCCCUAAUCACCGCCUUCACAAGAACGGUAGAAGUUGAAGACUUCUCAAGAACUUUCGUUUCACUUUCUCUCUCCUUAAAACGCACCAAAUUCUCUCUAAUUUUACAGAAAACCCAAACCCAAGUACCCAGGAAAGCCCAGAACCCCUGAUUUUCUCUCUCAUCUAAAUCUAAAGCAAGCAAGAAGUUAGAAAUCAUGUGGCAACCUAGGAAAAAUGAUCUUGAAGGAGGAUCACAACAACUUUACCCUGUGAUGCUUGAAGACCCAACGCUUCGAUGGAGUUUUAUUCGAAAAGUUUACUCAAUCAUCGCAGUUCAAUUGCUUGCUACCGUUGUUGUUGGUGCUAUUGUUGUUUCGUAUAAACCAAUUGCUCAUUUCUUUACUUCUAGUAGUGGUGGUCUCGCUUGUUAUAUCAUUCUCAUCAUCACCCCUUUUAUUGUGCUAUGUCCAUUGUACUACUAUCAUCAAAGUCAUCCGGUGAAUUAUCUGCUGCUUGGGAUCUUCACUAUCUCACUUGCCUUUUCCAUUGGCCUGACAUGUGCAUUCACUAGUGGGAAAGUUAUUUUGGAGUCUGUGAUUUUGACGACUGCAGUGGUUCUAAGUCUCACUGCGUACACAUUCUGGGCGGCAAAGAGAGGCCAUGACUUCAAUUUCCUUGGUCCCUUCUUGUUCGGGGCUUUGAUUGUGCUGAUCAUAUUCUCUUUAAUACAGAUAUUCUUUCCAUUGGGCAAGAUUGGUGUGAUGAUCUAUGGUUGUGUGGCAUCCAUCAUCUUCUGUGGCUACAUCGUUUAUGACACAGACAACCUCAUCAAGCGAUACACCUAUGAUGAGUAUAUAUGGGCUGCUGUGGCAUUGUAUCUUGAUAUUAUCAACCUCUUCCUUUCUCUGCUAACAGUUUUCAGAGCUGCUGACAGUUAGGCGAGAGGAACUUCAAACUUUUGCCAUUGUGUCCAUAAUCAAAACCAUGUUAAGAAAAAAAAAAAAAAAAAAAAAAUUUGUUAACCACUUUAUAAGUACAUAGAUAUUUUGUUAUUCUAGCAGGAGAAAAAUUGUACACGAAUUUCUUUUCCAAUUUAUACUGUUUUCAUUUUAGCCCGGGUUGUAUGAAAUGCAUUUAAUUGUGAAGCAAGGUCAUCUUUUGCCUUUUUGAUGCAUUGUGUUAACCUUUAGGCCUUUCUUACAAAGGAAAGGGCAUUAAUAAAGGAUGUAUUUUGUCGA